GUAUGGCGAAGGCAGAAGUGGAAGUUGAUGGCAGUUGAGACUUGCGAGUAAGAUCGCGAUUGAGUUGCAACUGGUCAAGAGUCGAGCCCAGUCAAUUUUUAGUUCGCCACGCGUAGAUGGGGCGAAAGUUGGUUUAUUUUGAGUAAUAUUCGCGGGUCCAAGUUUUAGAUAAUAUCAGUUGAUCUAAUUAGCUCAAAGACUGCAGUGCUGAUAACCGACCAGUGGCUCUAUAUUCGCUCCAAUAAGAAUGGUUCCUUUUGCGAUAUAACCGGUAUUGUGGUGACCUAUAAACAUCGCGCUUCCCACUGUGAAGUUUACUCUCAAGUGAUCUUCAAAAUAUCCAAUUUCAGUUCAGACAGGUGUGUGUGUUGGUUUUACGGUUUAAAGUGCAUAGAAAAGCAAAUUUCGAAAGUGUUCAGUGAAAUAGAUACUUCCAGUAUCAAUAAUUUCAUGCGUUCUUUAGGUAUCCAAAGUCUUCGAGAUGCUGCCGAAUUCAACACAAAUGACGAGGCUCGCGCUGGUGGCAAUAUCAUUAGUUUUCAGUUUCGCAUUGGUGACGUCAAAAACCGGUCCGGCACAUAAUAAAGUUGUUGUUUGCUAUGUGUCAACGUGGGCCGUUUAUCGACCAGGUGAUGGUUCGUAUUCGAUCGACCAUUUCAACCCCAAUUUAUGCACCCACGUCGUUUACGCGUUUGCCGGCUUGGACAUAGCGAAGGAUGCCAUCAAAUCGCUUGAUCCUUGGCAAGAUUUGAAGGAUGAUUACGGCAAGGGUGGAUACGAACGCCUCACUGGUCUCAAGGCAGUGCAUCCUCAUUUAAAGGUCUCACUAGCUAUUGGAGGUUGGAAUGAAGGUUCCAAAAACUACUCAAUCCUGUCUGCCAGUCCUGAACGGAGAGCGCGUUUUGUAAAACAAGUAUCAGAGUUUAUUCGUAAAUAUAAAUUUGACGGUCUAGAUUUGGAUUGGGAAUACCCAACACAGCGUGGAGGCGAUCCUGCUGACAAACAGAAUUUCGUGAGUUUGGUACGCGAACUUCGUAAGGAAUUCAAUAACCAUCGACUUCUGCUAACGUCUGCAAUUGGGGCGGCAAAGGACACCAUUGACAAUGCUUAUGACGUGAAAUCAUUGGGAAAACUUCUCGAUUUCAUGCACAUUAUGUGUUACGAUUAUGGCGGCGUGUGGGACAAGAAAGUUUCAGCGAAUGCUCCUCUGCGAAGCGAUGGCGUGCUGAAUAUCGAAUACACUAUUCAGCAUCUUAUCCGAUUAGGGGCGCCCCCCUCGAAGAUUGUGAUGGGUUUGCCGUUUUAUGGGCGCACAUUCAUUACGAAUCUAGAUGGAUAUUACGGCGAUGCUUCGAUGGACACUAGUUUUGCCGGACCCUUUACCCGAGAGCCGGGAUUCUUAGGCUAUAAUGAAAUUUGCAUGUUUCUGAGUAAUAAGACUUCCGGCUGGACAACCAGUUGGGAUAGUAGAACGGCGCAGGGAAUUGCUCGGCAGAAGGACGAAGAGACCGGACAAACGAAAGUGGUCACAUAUGAUACAGCCCGGUCGAUUGCUAAUAAAAUGAAAUUUGCUAUGAACGAAGGACUUGCCGGUGCAAUGGUUUGGUCUAUUGAUACUGAUGACUUCUUGGGCAAAUGUGAACUUGAAACGGAUACGUUCAGUGAUUUCAUGGAAACGGCCGGAAUUCAAUUGACCAUCCCGAAGCGUACGAACGCCAAUUAUCCACUUUUGCGGACCAUAAACGAAGGAAUCAUCUUGGCGUUGGAUGAAAUCGAUCAGCAGAACCGGAUUAAGGAGCAAGAGAAGGAGAACGAGAUUCCCCAUGGCAAUGAAGGGACGGUGGAGAGCAAAGCUGCAGCGGAGUCACUUAGGAAUUUGUUUGCUGUGGUUCUGGUCAUUACAUUUGUGAAUAUUAUUAAUUUAGGUAGUUGGUAAGCAAUGAUUGAAUCCUCAUUUAAUAUUAAGAAAUAAACCAUAUGGAUUUUGUUUGAA